UAAAUAUAUCUUUUUAGAAAAUCCAAUAUUUUUGUUCAAGUAUCACGUAUGUGUGUAUGUAUACAUCUAUCUAUCUAUCUAUCUAUCUAUCUAUCUAUCUAUCUAUCUACCUAUCUAUUUAUCUGUCUAUCUCAAAGAACGAUAAAAAAAUUAAGGUGGUGAUGAAGUGACUGCGGUAAAAGAAAAAAGAGAAGUGAGAAAGAAAAAGGAAAAAAAAAAAAAAGACGUUUAUGGUGACCCGUUGGAUGAAAUUAUGUGUAACAUGCUGCUGGCUGCAAAAUAAACUAUACAACCAGAAGAAAUUUGAAAAACUUAGCCACCUCAUGGUGAGACAAGAACUUUUUCCUGCUUCUGUCUUUCUAGAUGCUCUUUAAGUAACCUUAACUGAUACCAGCAAUGAUUUUUCUUAUCCUGACUUAGUUUUUUUUUUUUUUUCCGAAGUAAUUGUUGCUUUUUUUUUUUUUGGCAAUGACAAAGAAAAUCAAAACAAGACAAUUAAAUAUUUGUUUGUUUCAUUUUAAAGCUGACUGCUGGAUAACUGAAAAGAAGUUAAAGGACACAUACACACACAGAGACUAAUUAGGGUUGAGAAAAGUGCUAAAGUACUUUGUAUCUGUUUAGAAGUGUCAAUAGUUUAUUUUGUAAAGCUAAGGACAUCAACCAAUAUACUAUUUUCAGUUUACAAUAAAAUGCAAGAUGGAAGUCUUUUGGAUCAAUCCAUUUUCUGUGAAAACCUUUAUCACCCAGCAUCCCUCAGCUUCAGUGAUUUGCAUGUCCAGCAGGUGUCCACGAUGUCUGAUAGUGACAGUAGCCAGCAAGUUGAGCACUCCAGCCAACUUGGUGUACUAGGAGGACUUUGUAAUCAAAUUCCUCAACACUGUUCCACUACUAAUUUAUUGAAGUUUGGUGUGCCGCUGGCGGCCUGCACUGACUCAAGUGACUUAAUAAGUAAUAAUUCAACAGUGAAUAUAGUUGCCAGUAGCAACAACUGUAACGGAGAAAGCUGCAGUAGCGGACUGGGCACAUUGUAUUCUGCGAGUUUGGGUAAAGUUAUGGAUGGUGUUGGUGGGGUUGUAGUGGUUGGAGACAACGGAACAACAGGGGGCGACAACAGCAGCAACAAUACAGUGGGGUCUGGUGUUAACGGUAGUGAAACAAGCAGCAGUGUGACUGGAACUGCUGCUGUGGCAACAACAGCUGCAGUAGUGUGCAGCAACAAUAUCAGCAGCAGCAACAACAAUAAUAGUAGCACCAGUAACAACAGCAGCGGGGCUGGUAACAACUGCAGCAACAUUGCAAUUCCUAAUAACAGUAGCAACAAAAAGAAGCAAGCUCAGAUGCCACAGCAGCAGCAACAACAGCCAGGGACACCGGUUGGCUCUGGGUCAGUAUCAUCACAGCAGCCCACUACAGUAGCAGAUCAGCUUCUCGGGGGUGUGGUUUCAUCUCCAUUACACCUUGGUUUGACUACAGAUUCUGUUGCUCCAAAUCCAGCUGUUGGAGUGACGUCAAUGACUGCUGCAGGUGUAGCUGCUUCCUCUUCAUCAUCAUACUCAUCAUCUAUUACAUCUUCGUCAUCUUCACCAGCCUCAUCUUCCUCUGCUGCAUCAGUAGUGCCAAAUUUUUGGUCAACUGCAUCAGCUGAAGAUACUUUCCUGCAGGGCUUCCAGUCAUUAAAUGGAACUGUUGCCUUUCAGCAAUUUCCCCCUAACCCUAGUACCUUGUUUGGCACAGGGAUAACUGCUGCUGCACACAUGAGCAGCCUUGGACACAUGGCUGCUCAGCAGCAAGCUACAGCCCCUCAGAGACGAGCGAUAACAGCCCAUCAUAACUUUCAACAGCAGCAGCAACAACAGCGACAACAGCAGCAAGCAAAUAUUUUACUUAACACCUCUAAAACAUAUCCUGCAUGGAGUUCAGCACCUCAGCCAUCACUGUGGACCACAGCAACAGCAACAGCUCAGCCAGGGGGAGGCAAUAACAGUGGGAAUAGUCAAAGUGGCGGUGCAAGAACUCCAGGUGGCGGCACUGGUGUUCAAGGGCAAAGUACUAUUGUCAGUCCUGGGGUGACUAUGUCACAGUCACAGGGUGUGUCAUUAGCUUCUCAACAAAACCAACAUCACCAACAGCAAGCCGCUGCUGGUCUCUCUCCUUGGGCUAGCAUGCCUCAACAGCAGCCAGCAGCACAACAGCAUCAUCAGCAGCGUCGCUCUGUCCCAAGUAUAAACCCUCCUGUGGCUCCAAUUAAAAAACCAACUUUUCAAAGCCAGCCAGGACAACAACAGCAACAGCAGAGUGGUGGUAAUCCAGUAGGACCACAUGGCACUCAUUCUCACCAGGGUGCCUCCCUUGGACACCAAGGGCCUUUGAACCCUAACCAAGGCCAGUCUCAUCCCCAGCUUGGUCAGACUUCUCUCAUUUCUCCUUCCAAGUUCCGACGGAGUACAUCGUUCCCAGGUCAGAUGCAGCAGCAAGCAGCAGUUGGUGCAAAACCCUCUGUAGAAAUUACUAGUGUUGAUGACCAGCGGGAUGUUUUACUUGCAUACUCCAACAUUCCUAGAGAGAUGGUGUCAGACAAUGUGGUGCUUUGGACUGACGCAAGUCAUGUGGAGUAUCUUCCUGUGGACCGAGGAAAUAAUUUUGACAGCAUGCGCUUCACAGGUUUAGAGAGCCGGCUGUUGGAUUUAAUGAGGAGUAACACUGAGUCUCAUGAGCACUACAAAGCACGUGCUUACGGACGAAGAAGAGGAAAGUCCCCAUUUGGUUUCAAUGAAGAUAAUCAUCUGCUUGACGAUACAAGUCUGGACCAAACUGUUCCCAGUCUGAGUUCUCCUGCCCGUGGUUCCCCCAAUCCUCCAACUGCUCAGGAGAGGUUGGAGCGUUUUUCACGGAAAGUCUUUGUUGGAGGUUUACCCCCAGAUAUUGAUGAAGAGGAGAUUACAUCAGCAUUCCGACGUUUUGGUCCUUUAGUGGUUGAUUGGCCUCACAAAGCUGAGAGCAAGUCUUAUUUUCCACCUAAAGGCUAUUGCUUUCUGCUGUUUCAAGAUGAAAUGUCUGUGCAGUCAUUGAUUGAAGCCUGCAUCACUGAUGAUGAUAAACUAUACUGGUGUGUGUCCAGUCCUACUAUGAAAGAUAAACCUGUCCAAAUUAGACCAUGGAACUUGAGUGAUUCAGAUUUUGUGAUGGAUGGUAGCCAACCAUUGGAUCCGCGUAAAACAAUAUUUGUUGGUGGAGUUCCAAGACCACUAAGAGCAUUGGAGUUAGCUUUGAUCAUGGAUCGUCUUUAUGGAGGUGUUUGUUAUGCAGGCAUUGACACUGAUCCUGAAUUAAAAUACCCUAAAGGAGCUGGCCGUGUAGCUUUCUCAAACCAGCAAAGUUACAUUGCUGCAAUCAGUGCUCGCUUUGUUCAACUGCAACAUGCCGAUAUUGACAAGAGGGUCGAGGUGAAGCCUUACGUCUUAGAUGACCAAAUGUGUGAUGAGUGUCAAGGAGCUCGCUGUGGGGGAAAAUUUGCCCCCUUCUUCUGUGCCAAUGUGACUUGUCUGCAGUACUAUUGUGAGAAUUGUUGGGCCACCAUUCACACACGGCCUGGCCGAGAGUUUCACAAGCCACUUGUCAAAGAAGGGGCUGACCGACCACGGGCUGUCCCUUUCCGAUGGUGCUAGUUCGGACAUGCCAACACAUAAAAAUACCAGUCCAUGUUGGCUGUAUUUGAAAGAAGUAGAAUUGAGUUCUAGAUGGAUGAACACAAAUGUUUUAGAA